AACAACUGGUUAAAUAUUAGGGUUAAAAACCAUGUUAUCCUGUCCGUUGCAUGUCAACUCGCUGCGGCUGUAGGCUAUGAUUCGGCCGGCACUGUGGAGUUCCUUGUGGAUUCGAAAAGAAACUUCUACUUUUUGGAGAUGAAUACACGACUACAGGUGGAACAUCCUAUCACCGAGUGUAUUACUGGUAUUGAUAUUGUACAGCAAAUGCUACGUGUAGCAUAUGGUCACAAACUUCCGCUCACCCAAGAUCAAGUGCCUUUGAAUGGAUGGGCAUUUGAGAGCAGAGUUUACGCUGAAGAUCCGUACAAGGGAUUUGGUUUGCCAUCUAUUGGACGUCUUUCCAAGUAUGUUGAACCUCGUCACGUUCCCGGUGUGCGAUGUGAUUCCGGAAUUCGCGAGGGCUCAGAGAUCUCUAUCUAUUACGACCCACUUAUUUGCAAGCUUGUUACUCAUGGGGAUAACCGUCAGCAAGCUCUCGAUCGCAUGGUUGAAGCUCUCGAUAAUUACGUCAUCAGAGGAGUAACCAAUAACAUCCCUUUGCUUCGUGAUAUUUGCCAAGAAGAACGUUUUCGAUCUGGGAACAUUACGACGAAAUAUCUCUCCGAAACAUAUCCCAAUGGUUUCCAAGGCGCAACGCUUAGUGAACAUGAAGAGGUCACCAUUAUCGGGAUCGCAGCUUCACUUAAUGCUCGGAAACUCGCUCGUGCUAACAAAUAUCUUAAUCACGCGCGCCAGACCUCAACGAGUAUAGAUCCUUACAAAAAAAAUUAUAGGUUCACGGUACAACUUCCAACUUCCAAUGGUGAGAAGAAGGUACAUAAAGUCAAUGUCUAUUUCGAAAAUGGAGACCAGAACAAGCCAAGGGUUCUUGUUGGUGAGAAGAAAAUGAAUAUUGAAGGGGAACUGAACCUUGCCCAUCAUGUCAUACAAUUGAAUACUGGAGAAAAGGCUAAAAUUGCUACCCAAAUUAUAAGUAAACGGGCUGGAGAGAUUACUGUUCUCUUCAAAGGUUCACCAUUUAAAGUGAUGGUCUUACCCGAGCAUGCUUUCGAGUACCUCAAAUACAUGAAAGAGAAACCAAAGGCAGAUUUGUCUGCGGUAGUGUCGGCUCCAAUGCCUGGCGCCAUCAAAUCAGUAGCUGUGAAAGUUGAAGAUAUGGUUAGCGAAGGCCAAGAGUUGGUUGUAAUGGAGGCAAUGAAGAUGCAAAAUAGUUUACAUGCAGGGAAAACUGGAAAGGUGAAAGCCAUAAACGUGAAAGUUGGUGAUACCGUUGACGAGGGUCAAGUAUUAGUGGAACUCGAUUAG